AUGGCCUCCGACAUAGUUUACAACGUGACGGGAGGCAAAUCGCUUAAGAAAUUCGUCGAGCUUCUUUUCCCUCAUCUCCAUCAUGUACGUCAGAUUUAUUACAUCCUCGGAUUCGCCGCGCUGCAGAUCGUCCUCUCUCAGUCCCCUGAUUUCAACUCUAUCAAGAUCGUCUCUCUUCUCGCUGCACUCAUGUCUUUCUUUUACUCAAUGAUAGCGUCUGUAGCGUCAAUAGUGAAAGGAACGGAGCACCGUCCAUCGGAGUACGGAGUCAGAGUAGACACGACGGCUGCAAUGAUUUUCGACGCGUUUAACGGGAUUGGAACAAUAACGAGUCGUCGUCGCUUACUUGAUCGUCAUCGUUUGUUACCUCUGUGUGGCUAUGUCCGGUUCUGGGCUUUUGGUGAUCUUGUUGAGGACGACGUUGUCAUUUCCCUUGAGAAACCUGCUUGGCUUAUAGCUGCUGCUAAUUUCAUGGUCUUUAUCCGAGUUUUCGCCAUGUCUGUGUUUGACACGAUCGAGUCAUAG